CUCUCGCCCCAUGACGUUGAUACUGAGGCGACUGAAAUUAAUGAUCCUCUCUGCUUUCGUACUGGGCCCUUAGGGAUCAUCCAGUCAACCGUAAAGCAAAGCCUAUUUAGCCUGGCACGCCUCCUCGUUGAGCCAUUAAUGAAUGCUUUCAUGGCCCGACUCGAGGCGCUAGUGGCUGAUAUUCACCUAGAAUCUUUCGAUUUGCCGGCACUUCCCUCCCUCAACAAUAAUAGGCGAGUAAAAGGGAUUUGUAAGUUGGUUCCAUUGGAGGCUAUGGAGGCUUGCCUUGCAGAUGUGGUUGUAGAUUUGUGCGAAUACGUCUUCGGCGCACAGCCCUGCGACCCCGAUGAAUCCUUGAUGAGCUUUCGUCCGUCAUGUGAUGGGAGCCUCUUCCUCUUGCUCGGUGGUACUUCUCGUUCCUCCCUUUCUCCAAUCCUAUCAAACAGCCAUAAGUAG